AUGGGCAAGAAAAGAUCAGCUCUGACAUCUGAUCAAAAUUAUAUCAAAGUCGAAGUCAAAGAUGAAAUAGCGGACAGUAAUGUUCUGCUAGCUAGAAAUAGGUUUCAGGGAGCUUUGAGAGAAUUACUGCACCAGAGCGACGAAGAUUCUUCUGACUCUGAGGAUGAUAGUCCAUUGGUUGAUUACAAAACAAAUCAAAGAAAAUCUGAUUCAAUAUACAGACAAAAGAUGCAUAAUCAAGUACGUAAAAUUAAGAGGCGCAGGCCUAUGCACCUAGACUCAGGAUUCCACCACACUUAUGUCAUGAAAUUAUUUGACAGAAGUGUGGAUUUAGCACAGUUUGAAGAAGAUACUCCUCUUUAUCCAAUAUGUAGAGCAUGGAUUGCUAAUCAACCUAGAAAUCCCAAUUUUGUACCCAAAGUAAGGAGUCCAAGCCCUGAACUUGAAGAGUCUGAACAAAUCGAUGUAAGUAACAUGUUUGACGAAAAUGGGGACAUCAAGGAUGUUCACUCUUUACCCUUACCUUUGCCUGCAGAAGAAGCUUUUCCAAGAAAUAGGAUUCCAUCACCUGUCCCAAUUACUAAAGAAGACCUUGAUUUAGAUUAUGAAGGUAAAGAUCUCAAAUCAAAAGAAGAAUUGCUAAAGGAACACAGAGCACACUGGACUGCCACUCGCAAAAAAUGGCACCAACAAGUUCAUAAAAAUGAGUCACGUUUUGCUGACAGUGCAACAAUUUUAAGCGCAAUAUUCAAGAGGGCUCAAUCGGAGUUUGAUUGAUAUAUCAUGGCCAAUUACUACUUUUUUUACUGAAGUAAUGUUUUUAUGACUGAAAAAAAAAUUGAUACAGCAUUAAAUUAUUAUUCGUUCCUGAGGGUUGGUUUUCCUACAUUCUA